AUGACGCAAGAUCCAAUACGGGACAUGCCAAAGACCGACCAUAAACACAACAAAAUUGAUAAAUUGAUUUCAGAGAUAUUAAAUCCCUAUGAUGAAAAUGACCGUUCAUUAAUGAAUAACAUCGAAUAUGAGAGAUGUUGGAAGUGUUACGCAAUUAAGAUAUUGUGGGAUUACGAGCUUUCACACUUCCAUUGA